GAUGUCAAACAAACAAACUCGUCGCUUCGUUCGCGGUUCAUUCAUCAGUAUCACGUCACAUUGUUUUGCUUUUGCUUGGUCGGUGUCUCAUUGGCGGGUUGUCAAUAAUAAUCAUUUUUAAUAUUCUUAGUGCGCAUAACACUAAAUGUUAUAGGAAACGCUUUACCAACCUUCAGUUGCCUUUGUUAAGACAGUUAUCUCACAGAGAUAAGAACAGCGGUCAGACGAUCUCAGUCUCAGUGUAGAUUAGUUCGUCUGCUCUCGGGCAUCUUUCUUUAUCACAUAAAUCGGAAAUAUGAGCAUCUCCAGUGUAGUGUAGUGUACUGAAUAUUCGCUAUCAAACCAAUUUACAAUUCAGUUGAUCGCGCGAAACAGUCUCCGUCGGUUGUUCGAACAUGGUUCGGUGCUACUGGCAGCGGCGAUAAAACAAAAGGUUUUAAUUAAACUGUUGUGUCUGGUUAUGGACUUUUGAAAAAGGAACACUUUUUUAUUCAUAAAAUCAGAGGGAAUCGGCAAUGGCGAUGGCGGAUUUUGUUCCCGAGUAUUUAUUAACUUUUGUGGAUCAGUUAGACGAACACCCAUGGUUGUUCGCGGGCUUGGCGUCGGUGCUGGUGGGUCUGAGCGGUAUCCUCCCGCUGCUGAUCAUCCCCCUGGACUCCACGGACUCCUUCAACGACGGCCCUGGAGCAGCUACAUUGAGGAUACUGCUGAGUUUCGCUGUGGGCGGCCUGCUGGGCGAUGUCUUCCUUCACCUACUUCCGGAAGCUUGGGAGAAUGACCUCAACAAUACUAAACCUGGCGAGCACGUAUCAUUAAAAAGCGGGUUAUGGUGCCUGUGCGGUAUGCUCGUAUUCAUAAUAGUCGAAAAACUCUUCGCAACAGAGGAAGAGGAAGAGGAAGAAAGCAAGGACGAACCAGAAGUCGUCAAACAGAACGGUUCCACGAAAAUAAAACAGAUUGAGAUAGAAGAGAUCGAGAAGCUUCUAGAAGUAGAGAGGAAGCACAGAGGGAAGGGGAAGGGGCAAGGCAUCUGUGCUGGAAACGGGACCGUGACGGCCAAGGAGCUUUAUGAUACAUGUGUCUUUAAUAACAAUACGAAAGGAGAAUGCUGCAACUCGGUGUCGAGCCAGAACGGUUCGACUCGCUGCAAGGGCAACCGCUGGAUGGGGCGCUGUCUGCUGCGCGAGGCCAGGGAGAAGGCGCUCAAGGCCAGCAAGGAGAAGACCGGCAAGAAGGAUGUGGCGGGCUACCUGAACCUGAUGGCGAACUCCAUCGACAACUUCACUCACGGGCUGGCGGUGGGCGGCUCCUUCCUCGUCGGGUUCCGCGUCGGCGUGCUCACCACCUUCGCUAUACUCGUCCACGAGAUCCCUCAUGAAGUAGGAGACUUCGCUAUCCUGCUGAGAAGUGGAUUCUCUCGCUGGGAGGCGGCUAAAGCGCAACUGGCGACAGCCGCAGCUGGUCUGAUCGGCGCCAUGACAGCCGUUAUAUUCAGUGGAGCUAGGAACUCUAUUGAGGCCAAGACGUCGUGGAUAGUCCCGUUCACGGCGGGCGGCUUCCUGCACAUCGCGCUGGUCACGGUCCUGCCCGAGCUGCUGCGCGAGCGCGAGCGGCGCCAGUCCGCCAAGCACCUCGCCGCGCUGCUGGCCGGCGUCGCGCUCAUGGCCGCCCUGACGCACUACUGCGGGUAGCCCGCUGCUGCGCCGGCUGCACAUGCCAUUGGGGGCCGUUGGUGGAUAAACAACUAAUGAAAAACAAGGAAUUCUGUAUUAGAUAAAAUGAGUAAACUCCUUAUUAUCUGCAAAACUAACAGUUCUCGGAAACUAAACAAAGUAGAUUGAUCUUAAUUUAAAAUGCUGCCCACUUCACGUUACAUUUUACUUUAGAUAAAAUGAAAGUUACAUAAAUGAAACAUACAAUGUUUCAGAGUACUUUAAAAUGAUUUAGAUAAAUUUGAAAAAAUAAGCAACAAUUUCAACAUUUACCAUGUCCAACUUUCGAUAUCAUAUCCCGACGAGUACGCGUGAAUAGACUGUCAUUAAAUAUCUUAAUACAUUCAACCUUGAAUGAUCCUCACCCACCAACGGCAAUAACUUAACAAUAUAUUUUUAUAUUAAUAAUAAAUCGUCCACAAGGACACAAAAAGAGUAUUAAUAUUUUUGAAUGUAAACUAGACUGGGAGCUUAGAUUUUGUCGAAAUUAAGUUUAAAUGUAGUUUCUAAGUGGAUAAUACUCUGUACGUAGUCAUACGUAAGGUUAUAAAUAUUUGUUUUAAAACCCAGUGUUGCUCGCUCGCUAAAAUCGAGUUUUCACCGAAAUUAUGCAAUUAAAAGUUUCAGCGUUUUUCUUUUAAAAUGCUAAAACAAAUUAUGUUGAAGUCGUUUUUCAGUUUUUUUAUCACUUUUUACUAUUUGAAAUUUUAAGUUUAUACUCGCAAAUUAUAAAUAAAAGUUUUUCAAUAUAUUGUUUUAAUAUAUCAUUUGUUGAUACUAGCUGUCUAGCUGUCUACUCCACUAUAUUGUGUACAAACAUUAUUACGUAUUAAAUCACUUAUUACCAAAUCACAUUAUGUUAUGUAGUUCUAAGAUUUAUUUUAUGCAAGGCUGGAUACUGGUCAACACUUAACUAUGUGUAAAUAUACUUCAGUAUGACCUAAAUACACGUAUAUAAUAAUAACACAAAUUUCCAUAUAAAAGUUGAAAAAAAUGUCAAAAUGUUGAACCAUUCUCGAGUCUUGCUUUAUUUUUAAAGCAUCUAGAUUAAUGGAGCAUCACAUUAUCCUAAGAUCUCCAACAAUAUUACAUUAAACACCAAAUACUAUUGAAUAUGAAUAAACAAAAUACUAACUGGAAUGUAAUGGAUUUCAUCAGGGUUUCAAUAAUUUAACUACUGAAACGCCUUUGAUACUUGUAUCUGAAGGUAAUUUUUUACUUUUAGUUGUAGAUAAAAUCCUCUUCAGAAUCAGUCUUCUUAAAAAACGGUCUUAGUAGUUAUUGUUCAAAAUAAAAUAUGUUAUACUUUCACUUACAUAACCACGAUGAAAUCUGUUCAAAAUACGUUUUCUAAUUAUUACUGUAACAUUGUCAAAUUUUAUCGAAUUUAGAGGAAGCUGCGUUUUUUUGGUAUUAGAUAUGAACCAAUCAUGUAAGGUCGUAACAUUGUAAAUUAUUGUAAAUAUUAUGGAGUUAAGGAACUUGUAAGUUUUUGGAAUAUUUGUCUGCAUUUUGAUUAAAAGUCAAUGCCACACUUAGUCACAUACAUUUCUGUUAUUUAAGUUAGAUUAUGUUGAUAUAUUUCGUAAAAAUAUGAGAAAUAACAUAAAAGACAUGGAAAAAGCGUGAGUCGAUGAUAUUCGACAAGUAUGGUUUCUAAGCCUACACCUGGCUGGCCUGGUGGUCUAGUGGUUGGCAGCCCUCACCGCAAUACAGUGGUGAGUUGGAUUCCCAACCAGGACUUGUGUUUGUAUGAUGAGCAUUAUAAUUGCUUAGUUUGAGACCAGAUGUCACUGUGUGAAAGCUUUGGAAUAUUAUAUACCUGCAGCAUGGAAACUAAACUCGUCUGAUAUCUGAGACACAUAUAAUAAACAUACUAAAAAUAUAAGGUCAAUUACGAAACAACCAUUAUUAAGUCACAAUUUUAGGUUACGAAUAAAUUAGUUGUUUUUGCAGAAGUGAAGCAAAUUACAGAAAUGGCAAUACGUAUCUCACAUACAUAUGAACAUCAAAGCUUCUGCAUUAUAUUUAAUAUUUAGGAUAAACAGUAAAGUCAAAAUGCAUUCAGUCUCCUGGGUGUCUACCGCCAAUAAAGAAAUUUUAUGGUGGGUGUGAGAAAGAGAUGCUGCUCUAUUUAAGAUGUGCAUAGUGCUGUCAUGCUUCUACAAUCAAUGUAAUAUUACUUUAAGACAUUUUGGUAGACCCCCAAUACUACAAUAUAAUUAUACCCCUAGUGAAUAGUACAAACUCCACUGUUAAUAUUGUGAUAGUUUUCUAGUUAUCAUUUAUUCUGUUAACUAAGAUACACUGGCAGAUACUGAGGUUUUGUUUUCAUGUUUCCAAACUGUAUUUAUUUGGAUAUAUGGAUAAAAGAAGACCUUGUAGACCUAGACCUUGGUCAUGUUUCGUAACUUAUUCGUAAAUAUUGUAUAUUUGACUGGAUAUCAAUAACAUCCUCAAGAAAAUCACUCAAAGAAAAUAUGAUGUAUUUAAAAACAAAUAUCUGAAAGAAGGCUAAGCCUCUGCCUAAAACAAAAGUGUCAUGAGUUGUUAAAAAUUGGUAUGCGGGACCUUUUUACUUUUUUUUGGAAAAUGUUUUCAUUCCAUGCAUCCAAAACUUAUUUGAAAAAUGGCCGGAAUUCGCCGAAACACGUCGUUUAAAACAGCCCUCAGUAACAGUUCAGUUUUAUUUUCCUAUAAUUAAUGUUAUUUAAAGAAAUCUUGUAAUGCAUUUUAGUUCUAAUCUACCUGAGUUUUGUCGAGUGUAUUUAGCAUCAAAUCCAAUAUUAUUAUUUUGUAUAAUUCUUAACUUACGUAAUCAUUCGUAAUAUUAUCAAGUUUAUUCGAAAUGCACUUGUGACUGUAUCAACGAGUAGUUGUUAAAAUAUAAAUGAUGUGAUAAAUAAUGCCAUUUACGAGUAUUUUAGUCGUGAUCGACGACUUUACGAUUAAGAAUAACGUGUUAAAUAAAUAAUAAAAACAUCAGAAUCA